AGACCAAACCAUAUGAUUGGGUCUAUUGUGUCAACACUGAGGGACAGUUGGGUUACGUUCCCAAAGACUAUGUCGUCCCGGAACAGAAAAUUGGCUCAAAUCCGUUGCGAAGUCGUUCAGUUGAUCUUCAAGAAGAAGACACCGCAACCCAUACCUGAAGUGGAUGUCAAUGAAUCGGAAGAAGAGACACAAUGUGUUCAACAAUUGAUUGAUGAGAGAGUUGCCGAGCAUUUCGAGCCCAACGCCACCGACAAAGUGGUGGAAACCAAAAGCGAAACCAAUUGUAUACCAAAUAAAGUGAAUAUAAAGAGUGAAAGUACUUCUGCGGCCAAAUUUGUCGAAACUGAUUGUGCGGUCAAAAGCAUCCAAAUAUCGGAUUCACUGAUUCCAGAACUCAUCGAAAGAGUUAGAGUUACAUCCGAUUUGAACCAUAAUAUGUGUGUUUUAACCGUCAAGACUGUCAUCGAAUGUCUUUCAGAGCGGAUUCCCGAAUGGAGUACACAUUGUGUGAAAAUAAUGGAUGAGUUGUCCAAAAAUACUGAUAACCCGAACGCUUUGGUCCAGAGUUCGGAUUUAGUGAACUUAAAGUCUGUGUUUCGAAAGUUGUCGUUCUGUAAGAAUGACGAACAGCAGAGGAAUAACCCGAUCCAUAGGGACGAAGAGGUGAUCCGAGAUUACCUUGAUCAUUUGCUUCAGAUCAUAUCCAACGCCAAUCCGGCGCUCAUUAAGGACGAGAUCUGUGGCCAAAACUACGAGAGGAUAGAUAUGUUAGUCGCUUACUAUCAGAUGGAAACUCGAAGGUCUUUGCGAAUGAAGUUAUACUCGAUAUUCAUAUGUCUUAUAUCGCUGUUUGAAGACAUGGUUUCGGACUUUAUAUUGACGUCUGUAUUGCCGUCAGAACUGGUGGCAGAGAUGCAGCACUAUAUGGACGAUACGGAGCGGUGGUGUUCGGCCGCUCUGGUCUUCACCGCCAUCUUCAGUACCGGACAUAAGCCACCGAUUAAUAUAUACUCACAUAUAAACGAAAAGUUUAUUACCGAAGAACUGGAUUUGAAACUUCCGUAG